AUUCUUGCCUUUAUGAAAAAAAUGGAUGCGACGAAGAUGCCGAGUCUCACUUCGAGCCAGAAUUUCCCACGUCUCUUCAGCCUUCCUCCCCAGAUCACAGGUUUUCCCACAGUACAGGCAGCUUGAGUGGGUGUGGUUAUGGAGAGACUGUUGUUCAGGCUAUCGAACAGUAUGCUAACAAAGUAGUGGAUGACGCUUUAGAGCUGAGUUCAGGAUCUGUAGUCUUCCACAUGUCUGAGACCACAAAAGCGGCCGAUAGGGUGACUUAUGCAGAAAAGUUGUCACCUCUGGUAAGUCAGGCUUGCAGGUAUUGUGACCGGAAAGAGCUCCAUGACUGCACUGGAAAUUCAUGUCCACGCUUUCCCAGACCAGAUUCACUUGCUAGUAGUAAGCCAGUUUCUAAUUCAAAAUUUAGCAACAUCUACCAGAAAUCUAGAAUUUUUCAUCUCGAUGUCCCUCAAAUUCACAUUGAUCUUGAUAAGAAGACAGUGCUUGCUGAGAAGAUAGUUGCGGAAGCGAUUGAAAAGGCAGAGAGAGAGCUGAGCAGUACCAGUUUGGCAGCUGAUAGUGGGAUCGGACAGGACGGUGUCAUCUUUGCUGAAAGCCUCACUACUGAGAUAAUGACAUCGGCGAUGAGGAAUGUUGGACAGGCUGUUAGCAGUCCAAAAGAAAUAGAAGACUUUCAGUCAACUGAGUCUUUUGGUAGCCAGCAGAUGAAUCUCAGUAUUGGUGAUGACAGCACUGGUAGCUGGUCCAAUUUAAGUUUUGAAGAUGAACACCAGGAUGAAAGCAGUAGUUUUCAUCAUCUAAGUGAAAGUAAUGGUAACAGCAGUAGCUGGAGCAGUCUUGGUUUAGAAGGAGAUUUGUAUGAGGACAAUUUAUCCUUUCCAACAUCAGACAGUGAUGGGCCGGAUGAUAAAGAUGAAGAGCAUGAGGAUGAUGUAGAAGGUUCAGAGCAAGAUGGAAAUACUCUGCUAAUUGCGAAUGUUGAUAUGGAGCCAUGCACAGUAGACCCCCAGCUAAGGAUUAUUCUUCAGUGGCUCGUUGCCUCUGAGGCCGAAGUUGCAGAACUUUAUUUUCAUGACUCUGCAAAGAAGGAGUUUAUACAACUUUCAAAACGAUUACAAGAAAAAGGUUGGAAAGUGGGAGACCUCCUGCAGGCUGUGCUUAAAUACUGUGAGGCGAUGGAGAAGACGUCCAGCGAGGAGAGAUCCGAGUCCCUGUUUGAUUGGCUCUUGGAAAAUGCAUAGAACAAACUCCAAACCAGUAUAUUUUAUUAUUUGUUUUGAGAGAGGAAGGAACAGAUUAAGAUGCAUAGGGUAAAAUUUGAAUAGUGAAUAUUAACAUUUAAAGUGAAUUGGGAGGAAGGUAAAUAUAGCUUUUUAAGUGUGUUGUGUCAUCACAUGGUAUAUAUAGUUCAAACUUUUGUAAUCUCUCAAAUAUUAUCUUUGUUUAUUCUUCUAUACACAUGUGUAGUGUGUUAAGACCCUAAGAACAUGUAUUUGAAGGCUUUCAGGGACAUUGACUGACAGCAUUCUUUUUGCGUCCAAAUAGUGCUGCUAGAAAUUGCACUGAGGUGGCUGAGGGUGGGUGACAGGGAUAGGGAGUUAUAUUUUGCUCCUUUGCAAGCAAAUGGUAUCCUAUUAAUAACAAAUCUCACAUCAAAAAAUAGCAUCGAGGCUAAUUUUUUUUCUGACAUCUUUUGUCCUAUUUUUAAGGGUCAAUUUUAUUUUCAUAGUUCAGCUAUUGGUAGCUUUUUGAAUCCCCCAAGUUAUUUAAUUUCUUAGAAACAUGAGUAGUUUAGGUUUCUAUAAAUAUCGUAAGUGGUAGUUUCCCUAGCCUUUCAUCAAAUGACAUUAUUUGCUAAUGUUACCAAUUGUUCUGGCAUGAAAGCAAGUGUGUGUGUGUGUGUGUGUGUGUGUGUGUGUGUGGGGAAAGGAGAACUUUACCUUGCUAGUGGUUGGUGCCCUCUUUUAUUUUACUCUUUUCUUGUUAGAAACCCACUGUUAACAUUAAAAAGGUGCUUUAAAAUAAAAUGUCUAUAAAGAUUGUGCAGUAAGAAUUUUUAUUUCUUUUUCACUCUUUUGGGUCCCCAACUUAUCCUAUAAAUGAAAAUAAAGGUGCAAAACAUGUUGAAAUUUUAAAACUUAAUGUUAAUUUGGAAAUGCAUUUAGAGACGCCCAAUAAUUAUUUUCACUGUUGGGAUUUUGGAAAAAAAAACACCCCACUUUAGCAAAGAUAAGCUUUUUCUAGAAAAAAAUGGGACCCUCCCCUGAAUCCCUUCCCCAGUAAAGUGUACCUGCACUGUUUUGUAAAGUCCUCUGAUAUGGUCUUUCUGGGCUCUGCAUUUUCUACUACUUGUCUUUAGUAACUGCGAGUUGACUUGAGUAGAGGACCAGGAUUGUGUUUUGUAUGUGAGGGGUAUGUGUGUGUGAAUUUUUGGUUCUUCCAUUAGCAGAUUUUGUAACCCUAGAGUAGAUCAUUUUUUGUUGGAGGCUUUGGUUUUGCUCUGUUACAUUUUCUUUUUUCUUGAGCACUGACUGUUCUGGAAGCUGCACAAAGUAUAGAAGACAUAGCACCCACCAGGGGACAAGGAAUAAGGGCCCUUACAUUAAUUUGAAUUAUAAUUACAGUAGAGAAAUUAUUUUAUUGCUUUUUAAGAAAAAUACCAAAAUCUAUUUAAAUAUUUCAAGGUUAUACUGUGUAAGCUUUGGUUUUUCUCAAUUUAAGAUAAAGAAAUAGAGCAGGCCUUAAAAAUAAAUUUUCCUGAAGUUUCUUCAGGUAUUUUUUUAAGGUGGAGAAAUGCAGGAAAUGUAUAUAACCAGAAUUGAUUCUGUCUUUAGCUUCUCAGAACUUGAUAUGCAGCAGCACUGGACUGGGUUUUUUAAUGUUAGGAACCAGGUUGUUAUAACAUAGAUUGAUUGAUUAUUAAGCUUAGAUUGAAUUUUUACAAGUGUAUAACUAUCAAGUUGUGUUUGUUGACUUCGAUGUAUGUACGGGUUUUAUUAACAGCAAAACUGAGUUCUGAAUUUCUUUUAAGCUAAAGUGACAAUGUAUUAGUUCUGUAAAACUUUCUGUACUUGAAAAUGUUUGUUUAUUUCUCUUACGGUAAGAUUUUCCUCAUAUCUUUGUUUUCUUUGCAUUAUCUGGAGCUGUGAUGGAUUCAGAAUUCCCUUAUUCAGCCGCUGCGGACUGACAGACCAAUCGUUAGACACUAGCAUGCAUAGUGCUAAUCACAGUGGAACUCCACACUGCUAUCAGUUCAGUGCAGGGGUGUAGAGAAAAAUAUUAAGUGUUGGCAGAUGUGAAAAGAAACGGGAGUUAAGCUUCCGUAUAUAGAUAGAAAACAUUGGAGUUUAUAACAGUAUCUUUUCAUCAAGAACAGUGUAAACUUACUUUGUUUAAAGGCACUUUGUGAUUUUUCCAAAGACGUUGUAGAUCUAUUUGGUUGUUCAGCCUUCAGAACAGAUCUGUUUGUUGAUGACGACUCUGUCUUAUUUUGUUAAAAAUAUACUUGGCAUAAGUAGAUUUAUUAUGACAGUGUAAUACUGCCAUUCUGCACACGUUGGCCCUUAUGAAGUAUGAUAUUUUAUUCAGAACUGUUAAAGUUGUGUUGUGCUUUGGGUUGAAUUCUCUGUUGUAUCAGUUUCAGAAACAUCGAAGGAUCUGUGGAAAGAAAGUGAAGGAGGCCUCUGACGGGGUUUUUAGAACAUUGUUUCAGACUGAAAUGGGGCACUUCUUUCAUAUUCUUCUUUUCCCAAGCCAAGGUUAAAUUACAUUUAUAUUUUGGGUAUUAUUAAUUUUGAUUUUGAAAGUAUUUCCUGAUUUAUACAAAAGGAAUGACACGGAAGAAAAUUACAGUAUCUAUUGGAUGGUGUGACACAAUUUAAUGGAGUAAUAAAAUCUUUGAGAAUAUUCACUCAGUGAAUAUAUGUGAUAACAUCUUCAUAUUUUGAAAAAUGUUCCACUUACCCUUUCAGAUAUUUGAUGUGAAUUAAUUCAAUUCAUAAUACUUUCAUUUUGCUUAAAUAAAGGUUUUAUUUUGCAGGUAGGAGAAGUUAAUUACUUAAUUAAAUGCACCAGGUAUAAAGUGGAAGAUAGUUUACCCACGUGACUUUGAUAUCAUGCACGUUCCCCAAAUGCAAAGUUUAACCUUGACUCAUCAUCAGAGUCUAGACGCAGAUGUCUUCUUAGUUAAUUAUUUAGCAAAUAUUAUUCUUCCACAAUUAAAAUGAUCAAUUUCCCAUCAAUCUAUUGCUUUAAAUUUUGAUUUUUCAAGGGAAACUUUCCACAGAAUUUUUAAAGAGUAAUGCAUCCAUAUUCAGGGUGUAGGGAAAAUACUUUCCACUUAAAACCCUGGCCACCUGUCACCAGCACAUGAGAAUUAGAGCUUCCGUGGGAAUUAUGAAAUUGUACUAAAAUGAAAUGCAUUUUUUCUCAUUUUUAUUAGAAGACCCUGCACACACUUACUCACUCACCGUAUUCCUGUUCUGAAGAUGCAGAUACAGUGUUGGUCACUCUUGUCACUUUAUUUAUUUAUUUGUUUUAACCGUCCAUGUACAUUCCUUUCACAUGGGUAGAAGUAUAGUUCUAGAAGUUCAUUGUUUUGUUUUUGUUGAAAUGUUUGAAUACUAUUUAAUAUCAGGUUUUAAUAUUUCUGGAUUUACUACCUUUGGUUUACCUUGUGCAGUGUUAAAAGUAAUUCACAUUUUUGUUUAAUAUACCAGAUAUAGAGCAAAAGCAGCUUUGAGUAAUUGUAGCUGUUUGUGCUGAAUUACUACAUUAAGAUCUUGCAUAACAGUAACUUUUUUUUUUUUUGCUUUUCAGUAAUUUAAUAUGUUCAUUUACCAAAAUACGAACUAAAAUUUUGUUUUAGCAGUGGCUCAAAAUAAACAUUUCAGAAAUUACUUUUGUAAUAAUGUGCAAUUAAUUGUUCUUUUAUCUUUUUCCAGUUGUUUAAGUCUGUGAUCUUUCUCUUCCAACUAAGAAUUCCCCAAUAAACUUAAGAAAUGCCUG